AAAAAAACAAUAAUAACAGCGUGCUGGUCACGUCGAAACAGAAACCUUCUCUUCGCACCCUGUGCCCCAUCCUUCCUCUUCUCCUUCUUCUCCUUCAGCUUCUUCCAUCAACAUCUGCCAUCACCCCAUCCGCAUCCACACCCUCACCCUGACUAUCCUUACACACAAGAACCCGCCUGCAAUGGAUAAGCCCAUCAAUGGCGACAAGUAUAUUCGCACGCUUUCGCACUACCUCCGCUCCAACCAACGGCGACUUCUACCUCCCACGUUGGCCCCGCCGCAAGAAGCCCCAGAGAAUGCCACCAAAGCUACUUCAGUCGCCUCAGUAGCAGCCGCCAAUGCCCGCCCUUUCCUCACCCCAGGAGACCCCAUGGCCGCGGCCUACCAGGGCAUGGUCUCGUCCCUCUGGAACGCUACCUCCGCCGUCGUCAACUCCAUCGCCCCUGCCUCGCUCAUCGGCGACGACUCAAAACCGCGUGGAGCCGACAGAGAUAUCUACAACGGGUCAUGGGACGGCACAAGCGCCAUCCUUCCAGACUCCAAUCCAGCUGAAAUCCAGCUCUACCAGCAGGCUCAGCUACGCGCCCCUAUCUUCCCCUUGGAUCUGUAUUAUCUCCUCUAUCUGCUCGAGCGGUUUGAGCAGGUCGGCAUCGAAUUUGAGGGAUGGGAGGGAACCACAUCAAGUACUGUUGGAGAUUCUAAACCCCGCGUUAUUCCUUCAGCAGGACAGGGUGCGAAAACAGGAAGUGGCAUCCUGAACCCUGCGAGUAAUUUGUUAUUUCCGCCGUCAAAGAUACCCACAACAGGUGGUGGUGGCACUGGAACAGCAGGAGCAGGAGGAGAGGCUUCGACACGGCCACAGUCUAUCCGUUCGUUUUCAUCGACGGCAGUCUCCACUCUCACGCUGAUCACUGGAUGGAAGCAAUGGUCGACCGCGGCAUCCUUCAACUCAAGCAGCCUGACCGUCACGGAUGAUAUCCACUUUAUUCGCAAGUUUCUGAAACACGUCCCAAGUCUACGUCUGGUUGCCAAGAUCCCUCCGGGGGAUCACAUCCGGGGCAAGGGCAGGAUUGAGGGCUUCAAUGCAGAUACGAUCCUUACGCUACUCAACCAUGGACAGUCCUUGGAGACGGAUGGGGAGGCCACCAAUAACAAGAAAUCAUUGCUACUGCUACCACUCUCAGCCACGUUUCCGGCCCUCACGCACCUGGAGCUGCACAAGAUACCACCAGACUGCAUCGAAGGAUGGGAGACAUUGAUGAAGCAGUUGAGAUCUUUGGUCAUCAUUCAGUCUGGGAUCGAGGACGUGUACGAUGUCAUCGUCACUGCAGUCGUCAAGAGCGAGAAGAGACGUCGACUGAGGGUUUUACGGGAAAACAGUAGGGCAGUCCAGAUCAAGGAGGAGCAACAGGAAGCGCUCAAGGACGCCGCGUUGACAUCACAAGAACUUGGGUACAGUGUUACUGCGGAAAGAGGUGACAGUAGCGGCGAUGGCAACGGUUCCAAUGGUUCUGUUACACUUGCACAGGGGCGAGAGAUCGAAGAAGAUGAUGCUAUAAUCCUGUCGUCACUAAAGAUGUGGCCGGUCCUUCGCCACCUGUCCCUGUCCGACAACUCGUUUCCAUCCUUAGCCCACAAUGACACGUUUUCGCACACACAGUCCGUCACCAGCCUGGACCUUUCGCACAACCUCUUCCUCUCGCCACCCUCUGGGCUGAUUCAUUUGCACAACCUCAAUCAACUCAACCUGUCGUACAACAUGAUCUCGGGUGUACAGUCCAUCUACCAGAUCCUGGGCAACAUUUCUGUCCUGGACUUGCGCGGAAACCGUCUAGAGAGCCUUUCGGGACUAGAACGGCUUUGGAACCUAGAAAAGGUUGAUGUUAGAGAGAAUCAUUUGGACGAGGCAGCUGAGGUUGGCCGACUGGCGGCUCUUCCUGGCAUUCGUGAGGUCUGGUCUGAACGUAAUCCUUUCUGUGCUAUUCAGCCCAAGUAUCGUCUCGAGAUAUUAGUAGUCUUCAAAGCGAAUGGACAUGAUCUGCUACUGGAUGGAUCCUUUGCCUCGUUUGUGGAGAAGCGUGCUCUCGCCAAUAUGAGCCCUUCAUCCUUUUCGACGACCAUCUCCAGCAUCAACAACGUGGCUAAUAUACCCGCAGCCUCCGCACCCGUCGCUACAUUCGCACAGGAACUCUCGCAAGGCCACGAUAACCAUAACCACUUACUUUCGCAAUCCGUAGCGGAAGAGGCACUCAAUGCUGCUACCUCUCCGGGUGUAGGGCCCAACGCACCUAUCAACAAACUAGUCAAGAAGAAGCUAGUCAAGUCGACAAAACGCGUCAAGAGAGUCGUGAAUCUGGAUAGCGAUCAUGAGGACGAGCAUCAUAGUCUGGCGCAUGCGGAUGUGGACGUGAAGGAUUUGGAUGCACUGCAUGACGAUGAGGUCGCAGCAAUUACAGCCAAGACGUCUGGAGCUGCCCUUGGGCCCUCGGCGGGUGUUAAGGAGAAGAAAAAGAAAAAGAAAAAGAGCACAAAAUCAACGUCGUGGCCUACAAGUGAGUCGCCAGGCCAGGCUGAAGAGAACGGGCAAGCGGUAGACAACGCUAGUAGCAACGGACGUAACGGCCACGGAAAAGGAGACGAAAAGGAGUCCAUCAAGGUCAAGAAGCGUGCGACAAAGAAGAACACGGGGGUUUCGAGCGUCAGCUUUGCGGGUGACGAGGCACAGGAACAACAUGACUCGAAUGAGGACCACACACUUUGUAAAGAUGGACACCAUGUGCACCGACACCGGCUUGCAUCCCUCGAGCGGUCAAUGACAUCGCUGCAGCUCGAGCGUUCGGGCAAUUCUGUGGGUGCAGGUGUGCAUUCAACUUCAGCUCACCAACAUGAACCUUCCAGGAAGAUCCUGAAGAAGACGAGAACAAUGCCCAUGAACAGUGCGGUCUCGCCGAGGUUAAGACCUUCGUCGCCGAUUGGAUCGUUCUCCUCGGAUGAUGGUGGAGCGGACGGGUACAGGCGCAAAAUCGAGGCCAUGCGUAACGAGGCCGGAAAGAACUGGCUGAUGGUGCUUGCAGAGAUGGAUGGGGACUCAACUCAGGGUCAGUGAGGUGGUUUUGUUUAUCGGCUGGAUAUAUAUUACUAUGCAUAGCCUAUGUACAUAUAGUCUUUAUACGAGAAAGUAGCAAUAAUAUGCGAUCCGCAGCAGGAAUUGCUCAUUCAAGCU